ACAAGUGCCGUCAUCGGCAGCCCCCACUUGUGCCCCAAAAAAGAAAAUUACCCCUAAAACCGGAUCAAGCCGCUUACACGUUGACAUCUCUCUUUCCAUCUCUCUUUCCUCGAGAGAACUAGAGAACACACUCCCCUUGUCUCCGUCAUGUCUUCCACUUCUCCCGCUGGUAAGCGCAAGCGCAGCGCUUCCCACCUUCCCGUUCCUCAAUCCACAACUGAGCUCCAACCUUCUUCGCGCGACGCGUCCGGCGAAGAGGGCGGCGAGGACUCGACCGGGCCUACCAAUGCGCCACCCAAAUCCAAGACACAGGACUCCACCACUUCCUCUCACAAAAGGGCCCGCAAGAGCUCCGGCGCAGCAUCUGCGACCGCCAACGGUGCCGACAUCCCGAUACACAAGGAGGAUCCUGGGGAGCCUUCCGAGACCACAGUGGCUUCUUCCGACAUCGAGAACCCUCCUCGAAACCGACCUGGUCUUCACAUUGACUUGCCCAAGGACCAGGAUUCUAUGCCCCCGCCACAACGUGGUGUGUUGCAAGAUCCGGUGGGUUACAAGACCAACCCGCCGCCGACGGGACGGCCAGUGCGAGUCUACGCGGAUGGAGUCUUUGAUUUGUUCCACCUUGGGCAUAUGAGACAGCUUGAGCAAGCCAAGCACGCUUGCCCCGAUACCUACCUGAUUGUCGGCGUCACUGGUGAUGAGGAGACUCACCUCCGCAAGGGUCUUACUGUGCUCAGUGGUGCCGAGCGAGCUGAGACGGUGCGGCAUUGCAAGUGGGUGGAUGAGGUCAUCCCCAACUGCCCAUGGGUGGUGACUCCGGAGUUUUUGUCGGAGCAUCAGAUUGACUACGUUGCUCACGAUGACCUGCCCUACGAGGCUGCGGAAGGCGAUGAUAUUUACGCGCCCAUCAAGGCCCAGGGCAAGUUCCUGGUUACUCAGCGUACAGAGGGCGUCAGUACCACAGGUCUUAUUACUCGCAUUGUCCGAGACUACGAUCAAUACAUCUCCCGUCAGUUCAAGCGCGGUGCCUCCCGCCAGGAACUCAAUGUCUCUUGGUUGAAGAAGAAUGAAUUGGAGAUCAAGCGACACGUGGUGGAGCUCCGGGACAAUAUCAAGAACAACUGGACUAUGACCGGUCAAGAGCUGGGUCGGGAACUGCGACAGAUCUGGCAGAACAGCCGGCCCAGUAGCCCGGCGCCUAGUACCCGCAACAGUGUGGAUUACGGCAGUGCUCGUGGUCCCCUGGCCAGCCCUACUGGUGGUAGCAAGUCGCACUUGUCUCGUGUGGAGGCCUUGAACCGCCCCGACAGUCCGAUGGGUGGUGCCCGGAACGAGGACUUUGCCACUGGUUACAGCCUGGGAUUGAUUGGAGGUGUACGAGCAUGGAUGAUGCGUAGCCGUCUUUCUCUCCAGGAAACUCCCAGUCAAAUGCACUCCCCCACAGAAGAGGAAGAGCCUGGAUCCGAGCAGACCAACGGCUACGAUGAUGAACUUCGUGGCCGCGUCGGCAAGGACGUCUCGGCCCAGUAGGGAAAUGGAUUCGAUUCCUCUUGCAUCCAACAUUUGCAUUCGGUUCUUGUCUUAUACUUUUCUUGUGCUUCCCCAAAUUGCGAUCUCCUUUGUCGGGUGUUGUGGCGUCCCUUGCUUUGUCCUCCCUAAUACUCCGAAAUUGAACCAAUUUCUGUUUGUCGGCUGUAGCUGUGGCUAUAUGGAUUGGCUCAAUUCGUUAUGCAUCGUUUUGCUUCAUUUGUUUGCUCGAAAUCGAGUAGCGUGAGACCAUGUUGGUCCAAGAAAAGCUUGGGUUGGCUGAAAGACUAAUGGAAUGGGAUUUGUAUAGAUUGCCCUGGGUAUCCCCGGGUAUCUGGGUUUGGUAUCUCGGUAAUAAUUCGAAUAUUAGCAGGGAUUGUCGAUUGUGUUAAAGUUAUAGAUAUAGACAAGUAGAGCACUGAGUAUAUCAAUUUAUAACAUAUGCAACGCUGACUCUUUCAACUGUAUCUC